UUCCGUCCGAUGGCUGCUGCAGGAAAGGCUGCUUCUUUCCAUCUGCCUCCUCUGCCAACGGUGGGGGAGAUCAUUAAGCUUUUUCGUCUUCGAGCACAGAAAGAACUUUCCCAGAAUUUUUUGCUGGACUUACGAUUGACAGACAAGAUAGUGAGACAAGCUGGCAAGCUGAAAAAUGCUUAUGUCUGCGAAGUGGGCCCUGGGCCAGGAGGAAUUACCAGGUCUAUUCUCAAUGCCGGUGUUCAACAACUCCUCUUGGUUGAAAAAGAUACUCGAUUUAUUCCAGGAUUGCAGAUGCUGUCUGAAGCAGCUCCAGGAAAAGUACGCAUUGUUCACGGAGAUAUUCUGACAUAUAAGAUGGAGAAGGCUUUUCCAAAUCACUUAAAGAAGAACUGGGAGGAUGAGCCACCAAAUAUUCAUAUCGUUGGAAAUCUACCCUUCAGUGUUUCAACUCCUCUAAUCAUCAAAUGGCUUGAAAAUGUUUCUAAAAGAGAUGGACCUUUUAUUUAUGGAAGGACGCAGAUGACACUGACUUUUCAGAAGGAAGUUGCAGAGAGGCUUACUGCUAAUACAGGAGGCAAGCAACGUAGCAGACUGUCCAUCAUGUCUCAGCAUCUCUGCACUGUUGAGAACUGUUUUGUAAUACCAGGCCAAGCCUUUGUUCCAAAGCCAGAUGUGGAUGUGGCAGUGGUGCAUUUCACUCCAUUGGUGCAACCAAAGAUACAGCAGCCGUUUGAGCUAGUAGAAAAAGUGGUUAAAAGUGUUUUUCAAUUCAGAAGAAAAUACUGCUGCCGCGGAGUCGAGAUCUUGUUUCCCGAAAGAGAACGUUUGAAAAAAACAGAACAGUUGAUGAUGGCAGCAGAUGUUGAUCCAACUCUGCGUCCUGUUCAGCUCACUAUGUCGCACUUUAGAAGUCUGUGCAAUGCGUACAGGAAAAUGUGUGAUGAAGACCCAAACCUUUUUGCAUACAAUUACAGAGAAGAGCUAAGACAGAAGAAGAGGAAGCGUUCCCCUGAAAGUACAAACCAGCUAGAAGAGACUGUAGAGGAAAAUCAUCUGUAACUGCAGCAGACUGAACUGAGAUUUAACUUCUUGAUCUAGAGGUGUUGAUUUAUGUAUUCUUACAUCUCUUCAGGUAUGGAAGAAAUAACUUUUGAAAAAAUGGUGAAGGAGGCUUUCCUAUUUUAUUUGUUCAGUUCAGCUGUAGACAAAAGUUUAGGACAGUCCACUUACAAUGUGCCUACUGGUUCUUCUCGUUUCCAAGGACAGAACACACACCCAGAACAAGGUAUGUUGUGAGAUACGUAAUUAGAUUGAAAUAAUACAUUUUGUAUGAACGUGAGUGCGUUACUGCAACAUAAAAACUCUUUUCAUACUUGCAGCAUGUAAGAUGUUGUCUGAGGUCUUAUGCCCUUUUUAUCUGGGAAAAUCCUCUGUGCAGAGUAAUUUAAAAAUCAAAAGCCUCAUAUAAAUAUACUCAAGUGACUGGCUUAUAGGAGGAUAAAGUGCACAGAUUGCCUCAAGGUCUGCUAAUACUCUUUCUCAUAUAUACAAAAGCAAAGAACUUGGGAGUUUAAGAGAACAGCAGCACGAUAAAAAGUAGAAAACAUAUCUAAGUACAAUACUUAUUUGUCUUUUACUGUACAGGCUGGUAGAGAAAAUAAAAAAUACAGUCAAAUAAAAGAUUACAGGCCAAGCUUUGAUUUUAUAUUUACACAUAUAUAUAUAAAGUAUAAACAGCAUCUUGAAACAUACAAAAAUGCAAUUUCUGCACUGUUGUGCACUAAAGCACAUUCAAAUAACUUAAUUCUGCUUUAAAUAAAGCAAAAAUGAAAACCAAAGAAAAUAAAUGCCCAUAGUAUUGAAAAAUUCAUUUUGUUAUACUACUUUCCACUGCAUUUACUUCUGCCACUCACUAGCACCUUUUCCACAUAACUUAACUUAAAAGUACUAACAAGGCCACCCUUUCCCUCCCCAAGAAUAAUACUACAUAAUCCCAAUAAGCGUUUGAAAGGGAUGAACUAAUUUACAGACCUUGGCAAACUUAAUCUAUUUUUGAUCCACAAUAAAUUAAAAUAACUUAAAAAUCCUUUACAGCUGUAUUUGUGGAAAAACUGUACUAGUGCUGAAAAUCAGAUAGUAGUUUUGCUGUGGCUUCCAUGAAUUUACUGAUUUUAAAGCAAAAUAAGUUUGUUGAAUUUUAUGUGGACUUCAAAUUAACAUUUUGUAUAGA